GGCAACUUUGACGUUGGCAGAAAGGCAAAUUUGACGUUGCCCUGUCCUCCACAAAAACGACAGCAACUGCUGACGCUGGAAAGUUGGACGACCAGGCAGUGAAUAAAAAAAAUGAGCAACAGUCCGCGCAGCGUUGCUGCAGUUGUCCUGGCAGCAGUGCUUUUGGCUGUGUCGUGUGGAUUCGCAGCUGCAACUGCACCCACAACUUCCUCACAUCAACGCCUUGCUUCCUUGAAACGCCGUCACGAGCCAGUGUACGACCAGGUGACCUCCCUUGCGGACAAGCCACAAGGAGUCACAUCUGACGAUGUCCACGCCAGCCUGUUCUCCCACAAACGCAAUCUGCUCACGGGCGACACCGCUAUCGAUGCGCGCCGCACUGCCAGCGUGCCCACGGGUGCACAGCAGCGCUCUGCGCAAAACGAGCAACCACAACGCCGUCAGCGCCGUGCCGCUGCCAGCGAUGACCGGUGCGGGUCAAAGUCCGACGACGUGGCGUUGGAUGCCAGCAAGAUCAGCGUGGCAACGCACAGCUUCCCCAGCGACGCAACCGAGAUUUCCUUCCUGUGGGUCGGCCAACCCCGCGGCGAGAUUGUGGCGCUGGUGACGCGUGAGUUGCAGCGGCAGGAGCCGAACGUGUACUGUAGCAGCGACUAUGGCCGCAACUACACCCUCUGCCCGGGCAUCAAGUGGCCCGUCGUCGAGCUCCACCGCGUCGAGACCCUUGACGCAAUCUGGGUGUAUGCGUUGCCGUCGCCGAGCGAGUCGCAGUACUUCUCCAAAGACGACUACCGCAAGUCCGCUGGCUUCUACCUGUCCACGGAUAACGGGCGCACGUUCACGUUUAAACCGCUUGACAUGCACAUGCACCGCAUCUUGCCAAACCCGACAAACGCACACGAGAUGCUCGGAUUCGUCCCAGAUGACGACCACUCGGACUACGAGGUGGACGACCUGUACCACCUGUCUGAAUACGGCAGCGAGCAGGCGCAGCUGCUGCGCAUCAGCGAGCACGUCUUCUAUGCCGACUGGGCACAGGAAAAUGCAGCGGGGAACGACGAUGAUGUGCUGAUGACGGUGUAUCGUGCCGAGCCGGGCGAGGUGGUUCCACUCGACCUCGUCCGCAUGCACCGUCCGGGCACGCGGGAUGCAAAGACAUCCAUGCUCAGGAAGAACUGCUACGACUUUGAACAGGCUGCCGAGUUCCUGUUCGCCACGGAGGUCCCGUCGAGCGAUGGGUUUGACGAGCGCCGGCUGUUUGUGUCCAAGGACAACGGCGACACAUUCACGGCCGCUGUGUUCCCCUUUGAUGCGCGGCACAACCACUUCAAGAUUGUCGAUGCGACGGAGGGCGUUGUCUUUGCGCUCGUCCAGCACACCCUCACCCGCACUGAAGGCGACACGUUUGUGUUCCGAGUUGACUCGCCGCCAGAGAUUGCGGGGAAUUUCAGCGCAACAAAGGGGCUGUUCACCCCAGCACUCACCGGCAACGUGCUGUCAGGCACCCUCUUCAUUGAGAAGCAGAACCCACUUGGGUGCUCUGACCGUGGAGGCGUGAGUCCUGAAGCCAAGGGCCGCAUUGCUGUUGUGCAGCGCGGCGAGUGCAAAUUCACAGAGAAGACGCUGAAUGCGCAAGCAGCUGGCGCGAUCGGGAUUGUGAUUGUGAACGAUGCAGACACACUCGACUUCCGGAUGGCGGGAGAGGAGGGUCUUGAGUUGGACAUCCCCGCGUUCAUGGUGCAGAAGUCGACAGGCGCCACGCUCGAAGACACAUUCGACAAGAACGGGGUUGACAUUAUCGCUUCGCUGAUCGAAGACAACAUCCAGGAGCAAGAGAUUAUGCAAACGAGCAACCUCUUUGUCUCCGACGCGAGUGGUAUUGACUUUACUCUCUCCCUGCAAGAUGUAGCCUACCUCCCUUACUUCUCCAGCACAGGCACCGAGGUUGCUGACGUGCACAAGGUAGCGAGCCAGCCCGGCACGUAUCUUGCGACGUGGCUGAAGAACGACCGGAUGGAGACGGUCAUCACAUUCAACAAGGGCGCGUCGUGGUCCCACAUCCCGCCGCCACACGGCGCUCGGUGCGAGGACGAUGAUGAGGCCGCGUGCCAGCUGCACAUUGCGCUCGAUGCCGCUCGUGCCAUCAUGGAUCUCCCACUCCCCAUGUCGACACCAACCGCCUCAGGCAUCAUUCUCGCUAACGGGUUUGCCGGGGAGAGCAUGACUUUUGCAUCUUCAGAAGCGAACCUCUACCUUUCGUCCGAUGGUGGCCUCACCUGGUCCCUCGCUGCGGAAACGCCCCACGAGUACCAGAUCCUCGACCACGGCGGCGUGCUUGUUGCCGUUCCUUACUUCCAGACCACAGACUCGAUCCUGUACUCUGUUGAUCGCGGCACCACGGACUGGGAGACGAAGAAGAUUGCCCGCGAAGACACAAUCUUGCAGAUGACGGCUGAGACGGGCGGGGGCACGCUCGUCGUGUAUGCGUACUACUACGACAUUGAGUGGCGGGGUGCUGCCGUCGACUUUGAGCCGCUCCUCGGCCGCCCAUGCAGCACGGCGUAUCUUGGCACCGCCAACGCAGACUACGAGAUCUUCUCACCGGGUGUUCCCGUCAGCAGCGGCAGUGACCAGCGCUGCCUGCUUGGGCAACAGCACAAGUUCCUUCGCCGCAUCGCUUGCAGGAUCUGCUUCAACGGCCUCGACCACGAGCCGAAAUACGAGGCAGCGGAGGACCAGGGAACAACAAUCUGCAAGUGCACCGCAGCAGACUUUGCCUGCGCCCCGGGAUUCACGCGCAAGUCAGACCUUUCCGCGACCAGCCCGUGCGAAUACGACAAGGCGUACAAGAAGGAGAUUGCAUGCUCGGGCCGCAAGGAGUUUGAGGAUGUGCGCAACUACGCCAAAGUCGUGGGCGACGUGUGCAGUGGCGGCGAAGAGGAGACGUACCAGCAGACAACUUCCGUGGAAUGCUCGAACCCUGGUGCCGACACGAGCAUGGCCGUUGUCAGUGUGGUUGUCGUGAUUGCGUUCCUCGUCAUCUUCAUCACCGUCAUCCUGUACAAGUCGCCUUCCCUUCGCGAGAGGGUGAGCGGGUACGUGCCGUGCUUCCGUAGCCGGUCCACCGUCAGCUUCAGCCAGCUCACCAACACGAACAUCAACGACGACUUGAUGGACAGCGAUGAUGAGAUGCUCAUUGGCACUGGCGAUGCAACCGCGCAGGCGUGAGCACCACUGCCACCAUCGCCACCGCCAGCAGCAGCAAGUAGAACCCACAGCACAUGCCACUUUACUCCCUUGUUCGCUCCUUCAUGCGCUUUGUUUGUUUGUGUGUGUGUGUGUGUGUGUGUGUGUGUGUGUGUGUGU